AUGACAAAAGACGGUUGUGAUUCAAUUGAGAGCUUUUCAACCACUAUUGGAGCGAUGCUGGGCUCCAAUGUUUCCAAGUCAUUGCGCGAAAGCAAUGUCACCAAGAACUCCAGCUGUGGAUCUGUAUCAGUUGGUUUCCCUAUUUCCAUGAUGAUCACUGGUAUGGUGGGCAAUACGUUAGCUCUCAUCCUGGUGUGUAUCUCUUACAGAAAGAAGGAGAAUAAAAGGAAAAAGUCUUUUCUGCUUUGCAUUGGAUCUUUGGCAUUUGUUGACCUGUUUGGACAGCUUUUGACGAGUCCAAUUGUGAUAUCUGUUUACAGAGCCGACCUGAAGUGGGAGCGCAUUGACUCCUCUGGAAAUCUGUGCGCCUUUUUCGGUGUGUGUAUGACAACUUUUGGUCUGUGCGCUCUUUUCUUGGCCAGCGCCAUGGCAAUUGAAAGGGCAAUGGCAAUAACAAACCCGCACUGGUACUCCAAUAACAUGAAGACAAGUGUGACCAAGCAGACUCUGGUUGUCAUCUGGUGUCUUGUGUUGCUCUUUGCGCUGUUGCCCAUCGUAGGGGUCGGGAAAUACACGCUUCAGUGGCCGGGCACCUGGUGUUUCAUCAGCACCGGGGACCGAGAAAUACCUGGAAAUAUGUUUUUCGCCAUCACUUUCGCAGGGCUUGGAAUUUUCUCUUUGCUUGUUACACUUUCCUGCAACGUGGUGACAAUUAGAGGCUUAAUCGUCCGCUGUAAAACCAAGAGUGGGACGUCUCAGUCGUCAAAACAGUGGGAACGACUCACCACGGAGACUGUCAUUCAGCUGCUGGGGAUUAUGUGCGUCCUGCUCAUAUGCUGGUCUCCACUGCUGGUAGGCGUUUUCUACCCUUACGAUUCUUAGAGCACAAAAACCCUCAAGAGUGGAGAUAAUGCAAAAAUAUUUCUAUAUGUUUUCUAAAGGUGCUUAUCAUUCAGUUGAAGGUCCAGUACCAUAAAUCACUAUUUAAUUGGAUAUCUCAAAUGUUUUUUAUUGUCCUAAUGUCUGUCACAACCAGCUGCAGGUCUCUAGAGAUGCUUCAUUUCCUGUUGCCCCAAAUCACUCCCUCAAUCACUCACCCUUUAUUGCUCUAUUUUCCUCCCUCUGACCCACACACUACAACACAAACCACACAAUGCUGCUAUAUUCUUAUAAUUCAUUUGAAAAACUGCUGCCAUUUUCCAUUAUGGAUAAAUCUACUUAGCCAGGUUCUGUUUUGGGGGUUCUGCUUAGCGCCAUGAGGUCAUGCUUUGUCAAUCAUAUAUUUAAUAGUCCCACCAAGGAUAUAAAUAGAAGCCACAGCAGUGUGGUUGUGGUGUUGUCAGAGGGUGAGUAGCUGGAGUGUGAGCGUGUUGUUUUUCUCCAGGUUGUUUGAUACCGCCUCUCAGGAUUGUCUCGGUUUGUCUCAUUAAAUAUUCAAUCUUGCACAAGACGGGGGUAUCAGAAACUAUGAUCAGCUAACCAGUGAGCAAAAAAUAAAAAAAUCUAUAAUCUAUAAAUCUAUCUAUCUAUAAAUUCUGUCAUAUUUAAAAUUCUGUAGAUCAUAUUUGCUGUAAUGCACGUGAUGAAAUGCCACGUGGAACAAACAAUGUGUCCUUGCUUCCCUCCAGGUUCUGAUGCUGAGGAUGAUCUCCACCCAAGUUUCCUCCCACGAGUGUAAUUCCACAGCAGUGAAUUCCAGCAACAUGUCCGGCCGGGAUGUCCACUUUGACUGUAACUUUUUCCUCACAGCGAUCCGCUUGGCCUCCCUCAACCAGAUCCUGGAUCCCUGGGUGUAUCUGCUCCUCAGGGAGAUCCUCCUACGCAAGUUCUGCCUAGUGGCUAAUGCGGUGUCUAACUGCUCUGUGGAGGAUCACAAGGAGACCCCUGCUGCUUUAGAUGCACUAAACAAGCAAAACCAAGAUGGCAACAACCUUCAUAAACAAGAAAGUAGCUAA